UCUGUGUGGUUGCAAGUGCCAUUCACGACGUUUUGCGACAUUACCGUACGUGGACGCUCAACUCUCCCGGGUGAGAUACCGGUUGAGCGGCGCAGUUGCACAGAAAUAUCAAAGAAAGCGACCGAUAGUCCAAUAACACUCUGCACUUUUUGUCAGAUUAAAAGCACACGUGCUUCAUACGCCGUCUCAGCUGCCCGUAAUUGUUCGCGGUAAAUGUGGACUCUUUAGUUGAGCUGAAAAGCGACGCGAGGGAAGGCAACUAAUUGUCUAAACGGGGCUUGAAGUAAGUUGCCUCCCCAGCGACGCUUUAAAGGGAAGCCACAGCCCGGAUCCCCAGAAUAACGGUGAAAAUGGACUAUGAUUUCAAAGUGAAGCUCACCGGAGAGAGAGAACGAGUCGAGGAUCUCUUUGAGUACGAGGGAUGUAAAGUUGGACGGGGUACUUAUGGCCAUGUCUACAAAGCAAAGAGGAAAGAUGGGAAGGAUGAUAAAGAUUAUGCUCUGAAGCAGAUUGAAGGCACAGGGAUCUCUAUGUCUGCCUGCAGAGAGAUAGCACUGCUGCGUGAACUGAAGCACCCCAAUGUGAUCUCGCUGCAGAAGGUUUUCCUGUCACAUGCAGACCGCAAAGUGUGGCUUCUCUUUGACUACGCUGAACAUGACCUCUGGCACAUCAUCAAGUUCCACAGAGCCUCCAAGGCCAAUAAGAAGCCUCUUCAGCUGCCACGUGGGAUGGUAAAGUCUUUGCUCUACCAGAUCCUGGACGGCAUCCACUAUUUGCACGCCAACUGGGUCCUGCACAGAGACCUGAAACCUGCCAACAUAUUGGUUAUGGGAGAAGGUCCUGAAAGAGGACGUGUGAAGAUAGCUGAUAUGGGUUUUGCACGGCUCUUCAACUCACCACUGAAGCCUUUAGCAGAUCUGGAUCCUGUAGUUGUUACGUUCUGGUACAGAGCACCAGAGCUGCUGCUGGGAGCCAGGCAUUACACCAAAGCCAUUGAUAUCUGGGCGAUCGGCUGUAUCUUUGCUGAGCUUUUGACCUCAGAGCCUAUCUUCCACUGUCGACAGGAGGACAUUAAGACCAGUAAUCCUUACCAUCACGAUCAGCUGGACCGGAUCUUUAAUGUCAUGGGCUUUCCUGCAGAUAAAGACUGGGAAGACAUUAAGAAGAUGCCGGAACACUCUACGUUGAUGAAAGACUUUAGGAGGAAUACGUACACUAACUGCAGCCUUAUAAAAUAUAUGGAGAAACAUAAAGUUAAACCUGACAGCAAAGCAUUCCACUUGCUGCAAAAGCUGCUUACUAUGGACCCAAUCCGCCGAAUCACAUCUGAGCAGGCCAUGCAAGACUCGUACUUCCUGGAGGAGCCUUUACCCACGUCUGAUGUCUUUGCUGGCUGCCAGAUUCCUUAUCCCAAACGAGAAUUCCUGACAGAAGAAGAGCCGGAAGACAAGGCAGAUAAAGUAAGAAAUAAAAACCAGCAGCAGCAGCAGCAGGGGAACAACCACACCAAUGGGGCGGGUCACACAGGUAACCCUGACAACAGCCACGCACAAGGCCCGCCUCUGAAGAAGGUGAGAGUGGUUCCGCCCACUACUACCUCAGGUGGCCUGAUCAUGACCUCAGAUUACCAGCGCUCCAAUCCACAUGCUGCCUACCAGAACCCAGGACCAAGCACAUCAUUGCCCCAAAGCAGCAUGGGAUACUCCUCUACCUCCCAGCAGCCUCCACAGUACUCACACCAGACCCACCGCUACUGAGUCAGGCCACGCCCCCCUCUCACAGUGCCCAAUAGGGAGAAUGUACUUAGGGAGGCGGGUGUGGACCUGAGCCAAACCGCCCCACCCACUGAGUGCUUUGCUGUGCAGCAUUUCCACCGCAGGAACAAUAACUGUAACCAAACAACACAUCACCGUAUCAUACAGCCAACAUUAUCCUUCGCUGACAAAAGGAGAAAGAAAAAAAUGAAAUAAAUAAUAGACUCUAAGUGAAAACAAAUGAAAAAAGCUGAUGAAAAGUGGAUAUUUGUUCCAUUGGUGAUA